AUGACUUCCUUCAUCAUCAAAUCUCAGGUUGAUCGCCCGCCGCACUCAUGGAAAAAAGAUUCCAACUGCGCGUUUUGUCGCAUAAUCAAUAACGAAUCCCCAUCGAACCGUGUAUACGAGAACGACAAAGUGGUUGCGUUCCUAGACAUAAUGCCAUUGAGGAAAGGGCAUACCCUCGUCGUACCAAAAGUACACUAUUCUAGGCUGUCAGAUCUUCCUUCUGAAUACGCCGCCGCUGUUGGUGAAGCUGUCUCCAAGGUAGCUUAUGCGCUUACUCAAGCACUAGGAAAUACCGCACUUAACGUUGUAUGCAAUCAAGAGUAUGCACAAGCAGUGCCUCAUGUCCAUUAUCAUAUCAUACCAGCGCCGAAUUAUAACGCUUCCUCAUCGCCCGCCAUAGCUGAAGUAUCAAACAACAAAGGACCGCCUCCAACUAGAAGACAGAUGCACCAGAUAGAAUUUGAAGGGCGGGAAGAGCUAGACGAUGAGGAUGCUAUGUUGUUAGCGAAAUCAAUCCGCGCACGAUUAUAA